AUGGUUGCGACGAAGAGAUGCGCUUGGGGAACAUUUAAAAACGAUUUAUGCUACCCACAUUCGAUGGCUAAGAAUAAGAUUGGCCAUCCUGUAUAUUUCUAUCGCUUCUCAGCACCAAAAAGAUCGCAAGAGAAGCGGUCGGGCUGGAUAACAGCCUGUCAUCGAG